AUGUCUACUAGACGGACCCGCAUAGUCUGUAUUUCUGAUACUCACAAUCAGACGCCCAGGCUUCCCUCUGGAGACAUCCUCAUACAUGCCGGGGAUCUCACGAACAACGGAAGUCGGUCCGAACUUGAAAAGACGGUCUCCUGGCUGGCAAAGACAAACUUCAAGCUCAAGAUCGUUGUUUGUGGUAACCACGAUGUUACUGCCGACGUCGAUUUCUAUAGAGAAUAUGGAACUUACUUCCAUAACCAGAAAAGGGAAGACCCCGAGCAGUUUAUUGCCCUCCUGUCAUCACACUCGAUCAUAUACCUAAAUCAUGAGUCAAGAUUGGUACGGCUCGCGCACGAUGAUGGCGCUGUCACUCCGUUGAAGAUCUUUGGUUCGCCUUACUCCCCCUCAAGAGGAUUCUGGGCUUUUGGCUAUUCUGCCGAAGAAGCCUCUGCUCUGUGGGAUCAGAUCCCGUUGGACUCGGACAUUGUGGUAACGCACACUCCGGCAAAAUUCCACCGAGAUGAAUGUAGCACGCGAGGAACGGCAGGAUGCGAGAUACUCCGCCAGACACUGUGGAGAGUCCGCCCACGCUUAUUCGUCUGUGGACAUAUUCACGAAGCAUACGGAGUAGAGGUGGUCAGCUGGGACUUGUCGUCUCCUAAUAUCAAGUUCAGAGAGCAGGAUAUCCGCUACUGGGAAGAUGCGCAUCCGGAAAGUAAGAAGCAAUACACUGUUGACCUGUCGUCUAGAGCCAAGUCUUUGAUGCUGAACAAUGACGGGAGUGCUGGACCUCUGGUGGGCAAUCAACAAUUGUAUCGAUUUCGUGGCACUGGAGUUGACGGUGCCUGGGACGACAUAUCGUCCGACGACAACAUGAAUGGAACUGUCCGCCUCACUCUGCCAACUCCUGAUCCACUGCCCUUUCCAGACUUUGACAAAGCUCAGCGCCCACUUUCAUCGGUACCCGAUCUGCACAGCAUCAAAAUGCUGUCUUCUCGGGGCCAAGGUGGUCCGGCAUCCAGCUCAAGAUCCGAUCAAGAGGCAAUUUUGGGUCGCGAGGGAAGACGGGAGACUUGCAUCGUGAAUGCUGCAUACAUGGCAACGAAUUGGCCGCAUAAGGCUGGAAAGAAGUUCCACAAACCUAUCAUCAUUGAUAUUGACCUGCCGGUCGAGUAUUAA